AUGCUGGAGCAGAAAAAUAUUGGCACAAGAACUCGUGUGGUAGUGGAUGAGGCCAACAAAUUUAAGUAUCUGUUUUUUGCCCUGGGAGCUAGCAUAGAAGGGUUCAGUGCGAUGAGGAAAGUCCUCAUUGUGGAUGGAACACACCUAAAAAAUGUUUAUGGUGGAGUUCUCCUUGUUGCGACUGCUCAGGAUCCUGAUCAUCACCACUACCCAAUUGCGUUUGGUGUAGCAGAUGGUGACAAUGAUGAAAGCUGGAUAUGGUUUAUGGAACAGUUGAAAUCAGUGAUAUCUGAUGUCCCGGGAUUGGUAUUUCUUUCAGAUAGAAACAAAAGCUUGAUCAAAUCAGUACAUCUAGUGUUCCCUGAGGCCGAACAAGGGUAUUGUAUAUGGCAUUUGUCUCAGAAUGUUAAAGUCCACGUCCAUAACAACAAAGAUACUUGUGCAAGCAAGUUUAGAGACUGUGCACACGCUUAUACGGAGGCUGAGUUCAAGUACCAUUAUCAUGCUUUUCGCCGGAGGUAUCCUAGUGCAGUAGCGUAUCUUGACAAAAGUGUUGAAGAGAAGAAGUGGGCUAGAUGUUACUUCAGAGGAGAUAGGUACAAUGUUGACACCACCAAUUCACACCACCAAUUCAGUAGAAUCUUUUAA